CCCGGUUUAUUUCAUCGGAGGAUAUCACUCGGGUCCAGUCUCGUUCUGUGUUCUGAGCCUGGCUGUUGUCACCGACAAGCCUGACUCGUGUCGGCUAAAAUUGAUAUACAGAGAGAAAGAGAUGUGGAGGAAACAUCGCAGAUGUCUUCUGCUUGUUAUAUUAUUUAUGACGUUGGUGCUCGUCUUCUUGAUCGUGAAGGACAUCCACAUCGACUCCACGACGGAUCGUCGUAGGUUCCUCGAAGAGAACGGGAUGCUCAGAGCGACUAUCAAGCCCGAAUUCAAUAAAGCUGUUUUUGUCACAGGUUUUAACACUGAAACGCAAAGAGUGGUCCACUUGGAUCUGAAAGGGGCACCGCCAAGGCUGUCCUACCUGAAGGUCCUGCUGCCCGCACUGGCCGCCCAUGGGUGCGACACGCUGCUGAUCGAAUACGAAGACAUGUUCCCAUAUACGGGGAAGAUCGUCAACAUAUCCGCCAGGAACUCGUACACGAUAAAAGAGGUGAGAGAGCUGCUCACCCAGGCGCACGACCUGGGCCUUGAAGUCAUCCCGUUGGUGCAGACGUUUGGCCAUCUCGAGCACGUUUUGAAGUUGAAGGAUUGGUCACACCUUAGAGAAGUGCCGCCGUACCCGCAGGCGAUCUGUCCCUCUAACCCGGAUUCGUUUCUCCUCAUCCAAGAGAUGAUCUCUCAGGUGAUGGCAUUCCACGUGGGAGCGAGGUACAUCCACAUCGGUGCCGACGAGGUGUUCCACCUAGGCAUCUGCCCGCUUUGCGUACGAUCGAAUAUAAACCCGACACAUUUGUUUAUCAACCAUGUGCUGAAAAUCGCUCAAUACAUUACCGAAAAGUACCCGAACGUCAAGCCGAUCAUCUGGGACGACAUGAUGCGUUCCUGGAGUAAGGAGACCUUAAAAAAUAGCAAACUGUCCGACACCAUUGAGCCUAUGGUCUGGGUGUAUUCUAGAAACGUAUUCGAAACCUUGCGUUACCCCCAAUGGAGAACCUACCUCGAUGUCUUUCCCAAGUUGUGGGUAGCCGGAGCUUUCAAAGGAGCCUCGAAGCCGACAAGUGUCUUUCCAGAUCUGAUGACGAGAUAUGAAAACCAGAGAUCGUGGCUGGGUGCGUUCAAAACUCUAAACGAUAAAUCUCACCCUCAAAUCGUAGGUUACGUCUUGACCGGGUGGUCGAGGCACGACCAUUUUUCUGUCCUUUGCGAGAUCCUUCCAGCGAGUCUGCCUUCUCUCUUUCUCAACUUAGCCGUUAUCAAAGAACCAGAUUCCGAAAAAUCCAUCCUGCUUAAAAAAUGGGGAAAGGCGCUCUCCUGUGCAAGCACCCAGGCGGCCAACCUCGACGCCCUGCCCGACGUUCCGGAAUUCCUCUGGUAUUGUUCGUUCCCGGGAUCUGAUCUUUUCAAGCUACUCAUCCAGUUGUCCAUCUUGAAAAGUAACGUGGCCACGAUUGAAAAGACCAUCACGCAGAACCAGGGUUGGAUGACGGAUUACAACGUUAGGCAUAACUUCACCAGCCCCUGGAGGAUCAUCGAAGACUACACGAGACUCAGAGUGUUUCCCACUCUCAACAACUUGAACAUCAUCAGAAAAAAUAUCACAACCACCAUGAACAAGUACUUCGAUUUUUAUUCAACUAAUGAAUUUUUGCAGCAGAAGGUUCUUCCGCUUCAGAACACGUUGCUCAACCUAAGCAAAACUCUCGACCGACUCAUAGUUAAAACAACAUGGCCAAGGCGGCCUCUAUCAUGACAACAAAAGCAAAUAACCAUUCCUUGUAAAUAUAUGUCUGCUAUUUUUAA